AAAACGGCUUUGUUUUUUGGUUCUGACAAAAGAAUCAAUAAAACGCUUCUGGAUCCAAUGCUCCCUUGCACGAUCCAACCUAUUAGCCCAUUCAGAGGUCUCUUUCCCUCCCCAUGCUAUCUGCAGUAAAUCAAACAGAUUUUCAUGGUUCGUAACUGGGGAAAAGCUCUUUUCUGCUCGUGCUCAGUCUCUCCUUGGGAAAAGUUGUUUCUUCAUCAGGUGCUGCUGCCGAUCGUUGGGAAAGAGGGUGGGACCUUCCUGCUGACGUCCUUUGGGCCGUGCCUGACUAUAAGGAGCGAGGCAGCGCUGCAGCCAAGAAACUCACAAGCAGUUUGCAGGAACUGCCUUUAUUCUGCAGCCACUACAAUUCGCUGUGCAGAGCAGAAGAAGGAGCUGGGCCUAACUACAAUGGAGAAUUGAAUACAACUGUCACGUUCUCGAUGUGAAACUGGAUAUUUUUUUCUUUUGCACCUCGGUAAAGUUUUAUUCCCAGCCUUCCUUUUUCAUCUCUCUUCUACGCACGCAGAGGUAAUGCUGCAAACAGUCUGCAUGAGCCCUGAACUUCUGGUCAAUCAAAACACCACUGAAAAUGAAAGCUGUGGCUACAGUCCAGGCCAGGGAUCUCCACAGCCUGGGGAAACUGCCAGUCCCAAAAGGCAUUUUCAACAAAGCCCAUCGCUGCCAGACUCUGGAUUAACUGAACUUAAUGUUGCAAGCCCUGAGAUCAACCCAGCUCCUCCACAUAAUCCUCCAGCGAUGUCUGCUCCCACCGGCUCCGCUCUUAGCUCGGAUCCCCCUCCUCGGAGGCGUUACAUGGGCGUGAGGGUGAAGAUGCCGGUGCGGGAGCUGCUGAGGAAGGUCCGGCUUUCCAAGGGGCUGGAGCCCGCUGCCAGCCAGGAAGCCUCGUUAGUGAAGACGGCAAGCAAAGGAUCCUCGGGAAAAACAGAAAAGAGAAGAGUUCACCCUUAUACAGAGAAGCAGCUUAGACAGAGCAAGCAGAGCAUCGGGCAAACGCUGAAAGGCUUGGAGGACCUGGAUAUCCUGGUGGAGGUGCUGCAGGAAGACCUGAACAAAAGCCAGCUGAAGAAGGAAUCUCUGCGUGCUGCGCCCGAUGGCUUUUGGCAGGGCUUCCCUGCAGAGCUGCAGGCCCCUUGGUGGGGAGCUGGAGGAAGCAAGCAGGCAGCUGGCAGCGCGCAGGAAAGAUGCCAAAGCUUCACCAAGCUGCGUUCUCACUGCUGCUUCACACACCGCAGCUCGGCAUUGCAGGAAGAGGCAGAGAGCUCCUUCUGUGAUGGUCAGAAAGACACGCACGAGCCCGACUCGCCAGGAACGUUCUCAAGGACAAGGGAGAAAGAGGGCAGCUGGUGGAUGCAGGGCGCGGGUAGCAGCACCCAGAAGGAUUGCUGGGCGCACCCUGCACUGAGCGCGUCUCCCUGCUUCGGCCCACCAGGAGCCCAGCCAGAGCCAUUUCUGGAGGCUGGCAGCGACUCUUCGGGUUCCGGGGGACGCUCGAGGCUGACCUCGAUUGCCUUCACGCAGCAGGAUCUUUCCGCCAUCUCUUUCUUCCAGUUCCAGCUACACAGGGAGGAAAGCUUGCUGAGGAAUAUUCCAGCAGACAAACUGCUUGCACCUGAUGAAAAUGGCAACAGGCUGCUGCACAAGGCUGUUGCUCAGGGAAGAAGAGCUCUGACUUACGCACUUGCACGGAGAUUUGCAUCCCUAAAUAAAAUUGACGAGAAGGAUGCAGAGAAACGGACAGCAUUACAUCUCGCUGCAGAAAAGAACCAGCACCUGAUGGUCAGCGACCUUAUAUCCCUGGGGGCUAACGUCAACGAGCAGGACGGGCUGGGGAAAACCCCACUCCACCUGUGCGCAGAGAAUGGGUACCUGCGGGUCUUGGAGGUUUUGAAAAACUGCAAAGACAACGGCGUGUGUGUGGCAGUGAACCUGACGGACCACUGCGGUUUAACCCCGCUGCACUGCGCUGCUCUUGCCCACACCGUCUUAGCCACGGAAUCUCAAAAAACCGACAGCGACAGCGACAUGGGAAGGUUUCUCAAACUACGCAAGGACCAAAUUCUUGAGGGAAUUAACUGCUUGUUGCAAAUGGGAGGAAGACCUGAGCUGCAGGUACUACACUGGUGUCAAACUACCGCUCCCUAUUUAAAAAUUGAGGAGAAUAGCGAGCUGAUGUGUUUGCUCCAGGCUCAUAAACCCAAGGGACAGGACGUUCUUCAAGAGAGUAAUGGUUUGCUGGAAGCUCCAAGAAUGCCAUGUCCCUCGUCAUCAGAUAACUUCUCUGAACUUUUGUCCACUUCACCUUUGGACUUCGUUGACAUCAUUCUUAAAGGUACUUUGGGGUAGGAGAAUGAUUUUGCCUAGUCAGAAUCUCACUAACACAAGAGCUGUAAUGUGGUGUCAAGCUAUAGUUCAUCCCCUGCACUGCUGUAUGACCAUAAUUCAUGAGCUUCACGGGAACUGAAGCCCAGUGAUUUACAACAGACUUUGGAUUAAGGCCAGAGUUCUGCACAGAAUCUUUUCAGUUUGCAAAACCUACUAGAAAAUAAGGCAGUGAGUAUCUGGCAUGAGAAAGAAGAUGUAACAUGUAAACUGAACCAAAUGUGUGUUCAUUUAUUACCUUGCAGGGAAAUGCUGAUAAGGCUCGUUAUCUGCAUCUCGUGGUCCGUGUGCUGCAGCUGUUGCUGAAGAAUAGGCCAAGAACAGACAGUAAAAGUCUUCAAAAGUAUUACAGCUUGAACUGACUGUUGAAAAUACCUCCUCAGUACCCAGCAUUAAAGACUAAACUGUUCAGGGCAAAUCCUCAAGCCAGCUUUCAACAGAAUUAGGCAUUCAGUGCUAGAUGCUCCAGUAAAUGAAUUGGUCUUAAUUUUCCCACGAAGCUGAGCACUAGCACUGUUUUUUGGAGGUCCAUUGGAACUGUAGGUGUUCUACUUUCCCAACGUCUGAAAUUUUCUUAUGCGGCUGCCUGGGUUAAGAGGAAAACCUUUGAUUUUAGCCCUUGAGAGCCUAGUCCUGAGCGUACCGAUGGAAGGUCAGGCUCUGCAGUCUGAAUUCAAUGGCACUGGAAAAAGAUAAUAACAAAAUCCCCCUCCUCCAAGAAAAAAAAAAAGACCAAAAACCAAAGCAAAACACACAGCUAUGCUGUUACUGAGCGUAUGUUUUCAACAAAAGUCGAGCUAUUUAUCUAUGCAAUCAGAAUUUGCCACCAGUAAUGGACUUUAGGUGAAGUCUGGGAUGCAAAACAUUUUGAAUCCGUUUACUCUUGUUGAUCUAACAGAGGAAUACAACUUUAUAAAAUGUAGGUAUGCAAGAAUACUUCACAAUAAUAAGUUGUUAUACCAAGCAACUUUGCCUAAAAUAUUUUCAACUGCCAGAUACUGAAGUAUUCAAUGGGAUUCCUAUAGAUUAGGUAAUUGUUGUAAAAAAAAAAUCUCUUCCCAGAUGUAGUAUCAUUUAAUCUUAACUUCUGAUUGUGAAUUAGCUGGUUUCUAUGAAACUUCCCUGUUUGCUACAUAUGGAGCAAUCUACAUUUAUCUAGCUACAGAAUGAUUGAUCCAGCAAUCAACUCAUGAAUGUACCUCCCAUUAAAGUAAAUCGGGAGAUUUUUCACACGUAACCAUUGCAGGAUCCAGCACUGAGUACUCAGCACGCUUGGGGAAUUGAUCUUCAAUGAUCCCUUUGGAUUUUCUUGUCAAAAGGUUUCUUUUUUUUUCUUCCUGGAUAUCCUUAAGUGUUAAGCUCCAAGAGCUACGUUGCACAACACGAAGCAAGUUUUGCUGUGUUUAAGUUAACUCCAGUGGGAUUUUGGUCCUAUCUUAUGUUUCUCGUGUUCUGAACUGCUGAUCAGUGUUGCAUUCAUCCACAUUCAUUUUCUUGAGUCUGAAUGAGACAUGCUACACCAAGAUUCUUUAUGUGUAUCUUACAAUUUUGUGUUGCUAUUCACAUAAUGGGUUGUAAAGCACUGGAACAUUCAUCCACGUCCUCCCAUAGGUGUCCUACAUGUUUUAAUCAUGUAAAGUCUUUCCUUUCCCCUUUUGGGUUUCACAGGGAAAUACAAAGAUUUUCCUCUCAUGCUUUGAGGUGAAAAUCCCCUCUGUUCCCCUCUGUUACCACUCAUUCCUCCUUCAUGUUGGCAUUUUAACUCACAUCUGAGCUCACAGCCCUUUUUCACUUGAAGAGAAUCAAUGAGGAUCUUCUAAGUGGUUCGGCUUCCAUCGGUGAGAUUGAAGGAUCAGAUCCAACACUCGUUGAAACUGAAGACCCCCCAUGUUAAGUGAAAGCACAGAGAUUCUGCAUCACAAACAAAAUGAAGCGGUACAGUGAGCAUAGGAGCGCAUCAAUAAGCAUUUUAAGUGAAAAAAUAAAGAUUUUUUUUAAGGGAUAUCUUUAAAAAGUGUAGAAAUCUACUGUAUAAGAAUUCAACAUUAAUCAAGGAGGACAGGAGCCUUAACCUAUCAUUUAUUCAACAUACGCUGAACUGAACUAGCCUAUGAAAUAUAUUCUACGAGUUGCAUCUUAAUUGCAUUACCAUUAUUAGUUGUGCCUUACGUUGCUUCUUUGUGCCUUCCUGUCAAUAAAUACAUGAUUUCAUGCUGUA